CAGUCAAAUUAUACGGGUUGAUAGGCUGUGUGGUUUCUAACAUUAGUGAUACAUUUUCACUAGUUUUUUCAUAUUUUAAUGCACAGGACUGAAAACGGAAUAAAAAAUCACUGGAACUGCUCAGUGAAGAAGAAACUUGAUCCAUAUUCAGGCCGUCGUUUUGCUUUGAAUUACCCUGGAUUUGCUACCUCUGUUUUGCACAACAAUAAGGCAGAAGAAGGAAGUGAAAAAUCGAUGGAGGUGAAAGAACGUCUUCACAUGGCAAUUUCUCUCGACCACGAAAUGGACUCUGAAAGAGAUGUCAGUCUUUGUCUGGAUUUGGUUCUUGGAAAUGCUGUUGGUAGGAAGAGUUGUGUGAAACCUUAUGAAAAAAAAAAUCAUAGAGUUACUAGAGAAGAGGCAAAUCGUGAUACUAAACCGCCCUCUGUGACAUGCGGUGUGAUUGGCGAACGAUGCCAAACUGAGACUAUUAAGACCAAAAAACCAGGAGACUCGGAUAAUAUUAUUGCUGAGCAGCCCAAUGAUUCAUGCCAUAAUUUAUCUGCUGAUCACAUCAACUCCUCGUGUUCGCGGUUACAGAUACAUAAACCCAGUAAUCGCACCAAUCCGUCGGCUUCAAGGCCUCUUGCUGGAUAUUUGCCGCAGCCUUUGUCUCCUGUGGCCAUGGAGGUGAAUGAAAAUGAUGCAAAUUUUCGUAUACUUCAUCAUAAUCAGGCUCUCCCUGUCACUCACAGGAGAUCACUUGAAGAUCCUAAAAGCACACAUGCUGAUGCAUUUUCCAGGGACUGCUUGGGUGGUGCAGAUUCUAGUUUUAGCAGGCAAUUAACCAGACCGGGUUUGUUCAGGACAUCAUACGUAGGUAGUGAUCGAGGUAAUGAUACAGGAUUACAACCAAAAGUAGGGGAGACAGAUUUUGGUUGCUUGUGCUAUGAGCCCCUCCAGGAAGAGGAUUUGCGCAUAUUUAUGUCCACUGGUAGAUUUUCAAGUUCAGAUAGGUAUGUUCGAGUACCAACAAGCCCAGUUUACCCUCAGGUUCCAACAACCGAUGAGAAAGUAAAGUCUGUUGUUUAUAGCACUCCAGACACCACACCGAGGAGUGCAAUGUCAUUCAACUAUAGCAGUCCAGAAUCCACACUGAGGAGUGCAGCAAUGACUUUUACAAAUAUGCCAUCCAUCAUAAGAAAACGAAGGCUUCGAAUUUCAAAACAACUCAGCAAUGCCAAUCACAGUGUUGGUGUUUAUACACUGACAAAUAUUACUGAUACUUCUUCCAACGAUAAGCUACAAUCUGUACGUAAGUGUCCAUCUGUUGAAGAUGAUCUACUGCCAAAUGCAAUGCAAGUAUUCCUUUCUCCCCCCAAAUCUCAGAAGCUUGAAGAUUCUGCUGCUAUUAAGUCUGUAGAAAAACGCCUGGAAAACGCAUUUGACAACGUAUUUAAUGCCCGUCAAUGCUAACAAUAACAUAUCACCUGCUGUUGAUUCUUUUGGUGUAAGCCAUGGAUUAUAGAUGGCUCACCCCAUUUUUCUGGAGUUUGAUAUAGAGAAUUUUAUUCACGAAUUUUACACGGCUCUGUUGUAGAGGAUUUUGGUUCUUGGCCUUGAUAUCGGUGCGUAUUUUUGCUUAUAU